CCCUUUCACCACCCCUGCACCCUGCUUCAGGCGAUGCCCGAGAGGGAGCUUUGGCCAGCAGGUCCUGGCUCAGAACCUGUGACCCACAUCGGCAGCUGUGACAGCAUGACGAGCACCACCUCCACCCACUCUGGAUCUAGUGACAGUAGCUACGACUUCCUGUCUGCUGAAGAGAAGGAGUGUCUGCUCUUCCUGGAGAAGACCAUUGGCUCUUUGGAGGCUGAAGCUGACAGUGGACCGUCUACCAAUGAGUCGGAGCCAGGCACCACUCCUCAAGGUUUCCUAGCACUGUCUAUCACUCAGCAGGCUCCCCAGGAAAAGCCAGAGGAGAUAAACAUUCAGGAAGCACCAGAGCCAAAGAGAGUGAUCCAGGCCUCCAAUCCUCCCGAGUCCCACAGCCUGGGCCUCAGGUGUGGUUCAUACAGCCUUCCCAGAAACCUCCACCUUGGAAGAAGCCAGAACCUCGGGAAAAGUGCCACCCAGACUAACAGCCACUUCUCUGAAGCACCUGAGGUGCUCCUCGCAGAGCCUAAGAAAGGGCAGGCCAGCCAGAGGAGUAAGCGCAUCCAGGCACCAGCCCGGUCCCAGGAAGCUACCUUUGACCUGAAUGCAGUUCUCAUCCCCCCACCAGAGGCUUUCCAGGACACCAGGCCAAAGCAAGGUGGGGAAGACAGCUCACCCAAAGAACCAGGAGAGCAGAGCCACACACCCCAGCUCCACACUCUGGUCAUCUCCCAGAAGAGAGAGGAAAUGUCUUCAGAAAUGACGUCCCAUAAAACCACUGAGAAAGGCUGGACAGAGGGUCCACAACAAGCACAGCUGCCGCCUGCUCAGUCAUCUCAAAAUAUUAGAGCUGAAGAGGCUCCCUUAUUAUCAGGGGUCAAACUAAACAUCCAACAGGCUCCCCUCACAACCCCAAAGCCCCGGAAGCUGCCACCCAAUAUUGUUCUGAAGAGCAGCCGAAGCAGUUUCCACAACCAUCCACAGAACUGGCUGUCCUGCCACACUGAGGCUAUAGACUCUGUCUCCUCUUCCCUGCAAGAGCAGAAGAAAGCACGCAGAGAGGCUCUAGAAAAGCUGGGGCUGCCCCAGGACCAAGAUGAUCCCAACGUCCUUGUAGGUAAGCACACCAGUGCCCUCAGAUUCAAGGAGGCUGCUGGUCAGGGCCCUUCCCAGGCCCCAGCCCCAGUUCAGCCAACAACACCAGCUCUGGUCUCAGCAGCUGUUCCUAAUGCAGGGAAAGCUCCAGGGUUCAGACCUUCCCCACUGAAGGCUGUAGCUCCUAUGGCUUCUCCAGGCAAGGUUUGGAUUCCUGCCCAGGAACCCCCUCCAGGAAAAGUUUCAGCUGCCAGAUCUACGCCCAUUCCUAUCCCUAAGGCUCCAAAGGUAAAGAGCUCUCUGGAACAACCCAAGUCUGAUCCAGGGCUGACCCUCCAGGAAAGUAGCAUCCCUGGCCUGAAACAGAUAAACUUCAAGUCUAAUACUCUGGAGCGUUCAGGUGUGGGACUGAGCAGCUAUCUCCUGGCAUCUGAGAAAGACCCCAGCUGCCAAGCCAGCCCAUCUCUGGGCUCCCUCUUGGACAAGGCUUCACCCAGCGUCUUGCGGAAUUCCAGACCCCGCCCUGCCUCUUUGGGCACGAGGAAGGACUUUGCUGGAAUUCAGGGGGGCAUGCUGGCAGACCUGGACCAGUGCUCCCUGCCUCUGUCCUACCAAGGACAGAGCCGUGACAAGCUUCCUCGACCACCCUGUGUCAGUGUCAAGAUCUCCCCAAAGGGCGUCCCUGAUGAACACAGGAGGGAAGCCCUGAAGAAACUGGGGCUGCUUAAGGAGUAGCCUGGGCCACCCACAUUGCCAGUACCGACCCACCAGAAGAGACUAGCUCUAUCUAGAGCCUUUGAGGCCUCAUGUCUUAGGGCUGGGCCAGGGUAGUCUUCUCUUAGAUGCUUUCUGCUGUCUGAGGUGAAGGAAGAGGCUUGAGUUCAAGCAUGUGUUUGUACUCAGAGCUGUUGUCUUAUUGAGUACCUGAAUGGAUCAUCCUGAAAAUGAGUCUCACAAGAGUGAGUGAGUGAGUGAGUAGAUGUGUGAAGAG